AUGUUGAUUACAGAAGUGAGGAGAUACAAUGUUGCUUUUCAAUUAUUACGAAUAAGCUUCAAAAACCGGAAUGUUAGAUUCAAUUCUAAUUCAGUUAAACCCAACACACUACUAUACAAUUUAAGUAAUUAUCAAAGUACAUUUCCAAAUGAUGAAACAAUUAACAAAGCUAUCUCGACGGUGAAAACUAUAAUAACAAAAAAGCCUCAACCUCAAGUGUUCAAGAUUGGUGUACUAUAUGACUCGAAACAGGUUGAACAAAGCUCAAAAUUAAUUGAAGUACUAUUGGCUGAUCCAUUAGCGUCCAAUAAUCAGAUUUGGUUCGAAAAAAUUGUUAAAAGACAUGGGUUGGGAAAAUUUCUUUUUGGUGAAUUUAAAACAGAAUUAAUUGAUGAAAACCCGGACUCAGAUUGUUCAAAUCAAUUUGAAUUACCAUCUCCCAUCUUGAGCGGGCUCUAUAGACUCAGAUAUGGACUGGAACCUGAUCUAACUCAAAACGAUUUAAUAAUUGAAGAAAUUGACGAUUCAGAGCAUGUUAAUCAAAUUGAUAGUUUUACCUAUUUUAUUUACGUAACUAACCAAUUCAAAACAUCGAGAUCCGAAUUACAAGAUCCUUUGAGAAAUAGAAUUCUUUUAAAAGUCAUCGAUAAUGUUGAAUAUUCACCCAAAAGUUCGGAGUCUUCACCAAUCUCGUUAGAUCCCGCAGUUCAUACUCAUGUGAUCAAAAUCAAUUCAAAUUUAGCAUACAAUGGAAUUACGAAUUUUAUUGACAAUGAUAUCAGAGCCACUGAUGAUUAUCUUGAUAGCAUGACUCAAAGUAAUGUACAUCAAUUAUUUAAAUUUAUUGAUUAUUUUGCCAGGACUGACAAUAUAAUUACGUGGUAUAUGGAAAAAAUAAAAUCAUUGAUCCAAGAUAAAUUAGAUGUAUUCAACACAUCGUUUGAAAACAACUUAACUACUACAAAAUCUGACAUAGAUAAUUAUAUGCAGUUGGUAAAUACCGAAUUACAAUUUGAUUUUGAGCCAAAGACUCGAAAUUUUAUUAAAAAGAAUUUAACCUGGUGGAAACUUUAUUAUAAAAAUGACAAUGUAGAAUAUGACUUAAAGGACUUUUUUAACAAAAAUUUCAUGAAUAAAAGUAUAGAGAACUACAACUUUUUGAAAGGUAAAAUCUUGGAUACCAAGGAAGUAGAUAAUAAUCCUUUAUUGAAUUUAAAAAAUGAUGUAAUCAACAAGGUCAUAGGUACAACCGUUCAGCCGGAGGUUGUUUCCAUUUUGAGUAAAGCCUUCAUCUAUUAUCAAUUACCAAUUAGCGUCAUAUCAGGAUUGGCUUUUCAAUUCUUUGAUUUUAGCGCCAACUCAUGUAUAGCCUUAUUAAGUUUGGGUUGGGUAUUGGGAUUCAAUCAAGUAUCUAAGCAAUGGUUGGCUUUUAUGAACAAAUGGUGCAAAAAUUUGAAUGAAGACAUACGAUUGACUCUAACAAGAGAUUGUAUCGAAGGGCUAUCAAAAGAAGCGAAUGACCAAAUUGAUAAAGUAAAACAAGAAGCCAAAAUACGUCAAAAAAUAUUGACAGAAAUAGAAUCCAAUAAAUAA